UUAAGUUUCGCAACACCCCGUCAAUCAAAACAGCAAAAGUCCGAUUCAUGCUAGCACGUCAGCUAGCUAGCUGUUAGCUACGUUAGCUCUCUGGCUACAGCUAGCCUGGCUCUCACCUGAAUUUCCCCAGCCGGGAUUCCUGAUUCCAGUUCACAAAGGGCUACAAAAUCUCUCAGCUCCAGCUCUGGGGACACAUCGAGGGCGAAGGUGGUUUCUGGGCGAUCCCUCGGCGCGCAGAAAACGGUGACCAGCAUCGCUUUUUCGGGGCAGGACCACUGGACAAACCCGCUGCAACAGAAUGCGGUUUAUGUAUUUCCUUGUUUCACAGAGGAAAACCCCCGAUUAUUAUUUGGAUUCUCCCACUUUAAAGACGUGUUUCUGUAGAAAAAAUACCGUCAAAGGGGAAACUACUAAUGCACCGAAAGACUGUGAGUGCUUUGCACUUAUUGAGUAAAAGCCUGAUGUGACAGUUUCUCUUUUACCAACAACUAAACAAAAUCAACUAUUGCUCAGUGCUGCCGCAUUGCAUUUCAUCCAGCUUGUUUUUCGACAUGUCGCAUUACAGGAUUUGUCAGUGGUGUUACUGACCAUGAGUGCUGUGUCUUAAGCGACCACCGUCCUUUGACUGGUAAAGCCACUAUUCUGCUUCUUAUGUGAGGGAAUCAUGUCUGGUUCUUUGCAUGCACGCUCCCGAGCAUCUUGCCUACUACAGCGACGACACAUCAGCCAGCGAAAGGAGUCCACUAACAUCAUAAAACGACCGGCUCCCAAACAGAGAUGUCAACACAGACUUCAACAUAUACUCCCCGUCAAAGAACAUCUAUCAACGGACUUCACUGUGAAAACUGCCCCGAUGGAUUAUACCAGCCUGAAGAGAAUGAUUCCAAACGUUGUGAACCAUGUACAAAAUGUGAUGGAGAUUCAGGGAGUGAUGUUAAAGUGAAGUGCACGGCAGAGACAAACACAAUAUGUGAGUGUCGUGGAAAAUUUGUUCCCAGUGACAGUGAUUCUUCCACUUGCAAAUGUGACAUUGGAUUUGGAAAAUACCAAAGAGAAUGUGAAGAAUGUGAAGAAGGAUAUUUCAGCAAAAGUAUCAACUCUCGAUGUGAGAAAUGGAAAGUAUGUAAAUCAGGAGUGAAUAUUACUGGAACCAAGACCUCAGAUGUUAUCUGCAAUGAUGAUUCAAAGAGUACUUAUGUCACUACAUCCCCCGUGUCAAACAGAAAUGUUCCUCUAAUCACACGCUUAACACCCCACCGUCCACUUGAGGGGGGCACAGACUCACCCAAUCCCACAUCUGCUCCAGGACCCACUGUCACCUCAAAAGACCCCAUUGGUAUGGCCCUCCUCAUUUUUGGAAUUGUUGGACUGCUUGUACUGACCAUUGUGACCUGCAAGCUGCACAUAACGUUUUGCAUGCCAAGAACACCAGCAGUACAACCAAGGAACAACUCAUUGUGUCGGAGGCCAGUUGAGGAAAGCGGCAAUGGCAGUCUGUCUUCUCUCAAACUGAAUCCAGAGGAGCCCUAAGGUGAAAACCUAAAAUGUGCCAUCUCAUACUGUGAAUUUUAAGAUCAGAAAAUUAUCACAUGAAUAAUUUCAGACUGAUCACUUAUAUUUUCCUUAAAUAGUUGGUUUUUCAUUAGAAAAUACAUCAGAAAAACUAUUUACUGUAUACCAGGUGUAUUCACAAUCUGCAGUGUUGUCAAUAUUUGACUUUUGUUUGUUCUGUUGUGAUAGAAUAAUGGGAGAAUUAUAUGAAAGAUUUAUAUGUAUCUUAAAUCACUUUUCGUUGUUAACUGUAAUUCAAGUAGGUUAUGCCUUCUUUGGAUUGAUCAUACCAAAUGAUCAUACGAUCAUGUAUUACACAAAACAUUCACUUUGUAUGUUAAUAUUUAUUACAAAUUUGGAUAUGCAGGUCUUUGUACAACGACCUCAGAGAUCAUGCCACUAAACACCUUAUAGUACUAUAUUACAUACAGUUCUUCAAAAAUGCACAUAUAAAUAUUUCCCACUUGUUAUAUGUUAUAUAGUUUAAUGGGGAAAGUGACACAUUUCUGAGAAAUAUACAGUGUGAACAAUAUUGUAGUAAAGGUAGUAAGAAUGAAUACUUUUAAAAACUAUUUUGAACUGCUGCAGAGCCUUAGAACAAGAUUUUACUUCCUUCAUGCUAUGUUUCUAUUUUUGUCAUGUUUUGUUUCUUCAGCUCUGUUCCACUGGUAGCAGGUCUGUUAAAAUUAUGUGGGUUGGGGGAGUUCUCCUUGUGGAGUCAAAUGUGUCUCUUUUCCCCACUGAGCGAUACCUCCUCUCAUGUUUUCACUUCAGCCGUUGGAAAGAUCGAUGUUAAAUGUGAGGACUUUCAUGUUGUUUAUGGCUCACUUGGUACUUUCCCCAGAUGAGUAAAGUCAGAGGAGUUAUGAAAGCAUGCCCUCAUUCAUUUCAUUAAGUUAUGUUUUAAGAAGAAAUUGGAUACAUAAGCCUUCAAAUCACAGCUAGUGUGGGGUGUACCUGGCUGGCUCUUUGUGACUAGAAGGAUUUACUUGGAAAAAGCUGCAGUGUGGUUCCAACUCAUUGGUUCCUUUGACAGCGCCAUCUGUUGGAAUACUUCUGAAAUGAAAUGAAAUUUCUUACUCAGGUAAAAACAGCGGCCCUGAUCAUUUACUCAAGUGAAAAAACCAAGGCAGAACUGUAAAAAUACUCUGUUACAAGUUAAAAUGCUACCUUUAAAAUCCUCUUCGAGAAACAGAUUCAAGGUAAUAACAGUAAACUCUUUCUGCAGAAAAAUGGACAAUAUAUAUCAUACCUCACAUAUUAUUAUUGUUAAUACUGAUGCAUCAAUGUGCAUGCAGCAUUUUACUGUUGUCGCUGGUUGAGGGGGAGUGACUGUCUUUGGUUCCCAAUCUAGGGGUCCGGUCCCUUCAAAAGGGUCACCAGAUAAAUCUAAGGUUGUUGUAAGAUGAUUAAUUGGGUAGGAAAAUAAGAAAAAGAAGUUCUGAUGCACAAAUCUGUUUUCAGUUUUUGUACGUUUCUCUGUUUUUGUGUGAAAUAUUUGAUCAUUUGAAGACUUAUUUAAGGGAAAUCUGAGAAGUCUAGAGGGGAAGUGUCUUUUGUUAACUGCUAUCAACUCAUAGACAUCUGAAAUGUAAAAGAAGCCCCAACUGGACACUGCUUUUAUGUAAGAGGUUAGUUUCUAUCUGACUCUUAUUGUAUAGCACAUUUUUUGUCAAAUAUUUUGACUCUGAUAUUUAUUCUCUGUGAUGCCCUGAGAGUGUGUGAAUAAAGACUUUUUAAA